AUGGAUCACUAUGAAGAUGAUUUUGGACCUAGAGCAAGUAAAUUAAUGGAGAACCUAUCCUUAUAUGACGCUUAUCAAGAUGGAAUAUACAAUACAAGGAGGGAUAUGGCCAUCAACCCCGAUUUGGAUUUUUCGUCCGCUGUGUUACCAGAACAGAAAAGUAAGCGAAUGAAUGGCAACAUCAUGCCCCACCAGCAGCACCACACUGUAGAAAAUUUUAUGCCGGGAAAUAAAGUGUACAGUGCGGCACCGGUGCGCUCCGUGAAUGGUAACCGAUCAGUGCCUUUGGAUUUUUGCACCCCGCAAAGAGAUGCAGUGUAUAACGAAGACGGCUUUGGUACCAAAUCAGAAGUUGCCUUGCCAUGCUACACUGGUGCUUCGGAACGGCACCGGAGAUACUCUUUAGAGGUCCAAGGGCAUAGGUACAGCACUGGUUGUGCGUACGAUGGAUUGAUGUUAAGCAAGCAGAUACCCUCACCGGGCAAUAGGAGCAACAGUGUUUGCGUUGGUACCAACCCAGACGGCAGGUACCUCGCAACUAGUCCUCGGUCGAGUUUAGCCUCACCUCUUUCCUCUCAAGAGCAAAGCAAACAUACGAGCCCGAGAUCGAGCGUCAGUAGCCCUCGAACAAGUUUAGUUGUACCAGGGCAAGAUAAAUACAGCAGCCCCAGGUCUAGUCUGGUGCACUGUGAGGGCAACAGUGUUCUUAGCCCACGGUCCAGCUAUGCAAGCACCGCGAGCGACACGAGUAAACAUUCCAGCCCCAGGGCUAGUCUGAACAGUUAUGACUGCGGUAGCAAACCCAGCAGUAACCGUACCAGCGGCAUUAGUAUGGGAUACGAUCAAAGGCAUGUCAGCCCGAGAUCGAGCACCGCUAGCCAGUAUUCAAGCACUACAAGUCCUCGAUCUAGUUAUUCCGAUUCGCGUUAUAUGCCUAUGGGUAACCAUGAUCUCGACGGAGCAGUGGUACACGUCAUACCAAUGGCCAGUCCCCGAUCUAGCAUCUGCAGCCAAGAGGGGAGCUCAAGACCCGGCGUCGCGGCGAACUGCGUGGCGAGUCCCCGCUCAAGUAUCUCUAGUCACAGUUCCAGAAGUUCCCGCAGCUCGCGGGGCUCUAUGAGUACGUACCCGGAGCUUCAGUUACCCUCACCCAGGUCAUCAAUGCUCGGACCGGGUUUACAAGAGGAUACGCUUAUUCAAGAUUUUGGAGAACCGAACGGUCUCCACAACCGAGUUCAUCUUCAGGCAUUCCCCUCCUUACAGGAACCACAGCAGCAGGGGCAGCAGCUCCAACAGCCAUCUCAACCAGGAAUCAGCACAGACGUUAACCCUGGCCUAUUAGCAACUUUUAAUUACAGUGCACCCGCGAAAACGGUAGCUCCAGGGCAGAGAUUUAAGUUGCCGUACCAAGUUACCCCAUCUCGUGAGAGUGGCCCCAGUCAAGCCGAGAGACGCCUGGAGGCCCUAACUCUGGAGCUCGAGAAGGAAUUGGAAAUGCACAUGAAGAAAGAAUAUUUUGGUAUCUGUAUCAAAUGUGGGAAGGGAGUGUAUGGAGCCAGUCAGGCUUGCCAGGCCAUGGGGAAUCUCUACCACACCAACUGCUUCAUCUGCUGCUCUUGUGGAAGAAGACUGCGAGGAAAAGCAUUCUACAAUGUCAACGGCAAGGUUUACUGCGAGGAGGAUUUUUUGUACUCCGGGUUCCAGCAGACAGCAGAGAAGUGCUUUGUGUGUGGGCAUCUUAUUAUGGAAAUGAUCCUUCAGGCUCUGGGAAAGUCCUACCACCCGGGCUGUUUUCGCUGUGUGGUCUGUAAGGAGGGUCUCGACGGGGUUCCCUUUACCGUGGAUGUGGAGAACAACAUUUACUGUGUGAAAGACUACCACACGGUCUUUGCUCCAAAAUGUGCAUCCUGUAACCAGCCGAUUCUCCCAGCGCAGGGCUCGGAAGAGACCAUCCGAGUGGUGUCCAUGGAUAAAGACUACCACGUGGAAUGUUAUCACUGUGAGGACUGCGGACUGCAGUUGAACGAUGAAGAGGGACAUCGCUGUUACCCACUGGACGGGCACCUUCUCUGUCACGGCUGCCACCUCUGCAGGCUGAAGGCCCAGGUGCCCAAUCACGCGCCCCCCAGUUACCCCCUGCACGUCACCGAGCUGUAAGAGGCGGGAGCGUGGGCGGGGCGAAGAUCCGUUUGCCCCGAAGACCUGAGACGGGAGGACGACAAGAAAAGAAAAAAAUGAAUGAGAGGCGGAAAGCAACAGAAAGCACUAAGGAGAAACGCCAGCCCCGUUUGAGUCGAGACACAUCAACCGAAUAUCCC